UUUGGGUGUUCCAUUGUAGACUGUUUUGCCUUUUCCACUAUUAAGUAAUUAGUGUGUACGUUUAAGCUUUUAGUGUGUGUUGCCAAAACCAACUGACCUAACGGUCCGCUAACUUUUAUGAGAUGAUCUGCACUCUGAACGUCGAAGUUCCUCAAAUAUGGAUGAAUCAAUCUGUGGCUCUAAACUCCCACCAGGGACUACUUGUUAUGUUGUUGACUAUUCAUCUCAAGAUACAGAUGUUGUUGCGUGUGUUCCAAAUGAAGGCCUCAUACUAUUACGCUGUGGCCGAGUGAUUGGUUUUUGUGAUGUUGGUGCCCAAGCUGUCAGCCGUAUUGCUAUAUUUUUCACAUACCAACCUUUUUGUAAACACUAUGUAUUGCAAUGCGAAUCAGUGGUUAAAGUGGUAUCUCAUUUAUCACAGCUUAAGGUAACUCACACAUUCGAUGAUGUGAUCAAGUUUGAAGUAAGUGACUUCCGCAAUCAGGGUGUCCCGCAGUUGGGCCUAUGGAAAGGUAGUGAGGAAAGUUUCUGUGUAACCGAUCUAACUGCAUCAUUUGCUUCAUCAUCAACAAAUCCCGUGGAAAAUGUACUUAGUACCAAAUUAAAGAGUUUAAAAUUUAGUGUUGACAAAGUCUGCAAGCAGCUGGAGGGAAAGAGAAGGAUGAGGAAACACUGUAUGUUUCACAUUUUGGGUACAGAUAAUUGUGAUGUACCUCAGCAAGAAAGUGACCUAGUUACUUUUAUGGGCAACUCAUCAGCACAAUUAAGGAAAACAAACAAGAAUUUAAAUAAGAAUUCAAUUUUAGUAAGCAAUUCAUGGCAAAGGCUGCUUGAUAGGAAAUGGAUCCUUGGAUGCAAUAUCCAGAACAACAGUUCCAAGCCGCUGCGCGCGCUCUCUCUGUGCGUCUGCCGAGCCGACGAGGGCGUCGAGGACGGCGUCGUGGAGUGGCGCAUCAUGGUGCCGCGGACAGAGCAGGGCCAGCCCUAUGUCACCCUGGGCCCCGACGGCGUCCUGGAGCCCAGCCAGCGCGCCUUCGUCGUAGCCGCAGUGCCGGAGCCCGCCUUUCUUCGGCGCGAGCCUUGCGAAGAGGUCGGCGGUCUGGUGAGCGCCUUGCUCCCUGAUGGCCGUGAGACCUGGACCGCGGUGCCGCCGUGGCGGCUGACGGUGGACGCGGUGUUGCGCGGCAAGCUAGUGCCGUUCCGAGGCCCCGCUACGACGACGCCGAACGAGGUUGACCCGGGCCUCGGCGACGUCCUGGCGAGCCUGGCGUGCUGCCCCGUCGAUGUUCAGCUCCGUCUGGACGGCCGGACAGGGCUGUCGGACCGCGUGCGGCGGCUGCUGGACGACGUGGACCUGCGGCCGGCGAGGGGCGCCCCCGCCUCCCCCCAGGGCGCCGUCGGCAUGCUCGUGGGCUCGGGGCCCCCGGAGGCGCCUCUGCACGGCGCGCUCGCGCUGCUGCUCGUCCGCUCCCCCGCCUCCUGCUCGCUGCGGCUCCAUGUCAGGGACCGGCGCCACGUGUUCCUGCUCGUGCACAGGCUGCUCGCCGGGCUCCCGCAGCACACCAAGCUCACUGCCGCGGACGACGACCCCGCCGACCUGGACGUGCUGGCGCGGGCCCUGCUGCGCGCCCUGGAGGACGAGCUCGGCGCCUGGGCUGGCGGCGCCCCGGCCCGGCCGGCCCUGCACCCGCUCGAGCUGGCCACCGACUUGGCCGCACAGCGACUGCGCGUCGCCACCGCGUGAGGUGAGUUUGUGGGUGCUGGUCCUCGCCAUGCUGGCCGUCUCUGCCGCGGGGCCCAAUACCCGCCGCCGACGGGACUUCGACGACUCCGACGCGGAGCUUGCGCCGGCGCGCA